GACCUCGGUCCCUGUCCUAAGCGCAGAGCAAGAACUCGGUGAGCGCAGGGCCUGGCAGCACUCUCCGGAGCGGUGCCCCUGCGCCCAAGGCGCAGCGGCUGCGCCCUGCCCUCCAGGCGUGGGCGAGGUGGCCGCGUGUGCUUCGCUGCUUGACACGAGGACGAACCAAUCAGGGCGAGCAGCCCGGGCUGCCAUGUGACGGGCAAGGCGGCUCCUUUCCCCAGCGCGGCCAGAGGGAGGACAGAACCGGGGCUCGCCGCGAGCCUUCGAGAGCAGCGGUAGCGGAGGAGGCGGCGGCGGCGGCGGCACAGGCUCGGGCUAGCCGUGCGCGCAUCCCCCGGCGCCCUGCGCGGCAGAGAGCUUGUCGGGCCGCGGGAGCCAGGACAGGAGCGGACAAAGCAAGAUGGCAGGGAUCUUAGCCUGGUUCUGGAACGAGAGGUUUUGGCUUCCGCACAAUGUCACCUGGGCGGACCUGAAGAACACGGAGGAAGCCACCUUCCCGCAGGCUGAAGAUCUCUAUCUGGCUUUCCCCCUGGCCUUCUGCAUCUUUAUGGUGCGGCUCCUCUUCGAGAGGUUUGUAGCCAAACCAUGUGCCAUAGCCCUCCACAUUCAGGCCAAUGGACCACAGAUUGCCCAGCCAAAUGCCAUUCUGGAAAAGGUCUUCACUGCAAUCACAAAGCAUCCUGAUGAAAAGAGAUUGGAAGGUCUUUCCAAGCAGCUAGACUGGGAUGUUCGCAGCAUUCAACGCUGGUUUCGACAAAGACGCAACCAGGAGAAGCCAAGCACACUGACGAGGUUCUGUGAGAGCAUGUGGAGAUUUUCAUUUUACCUUUAUGUAUUUACCUAUGGAGUCCGGUUCCUGAAAAAGACCCCCUGGUUGUGGAAUACAAGGCACUGCUGGUAUAACUACCCCUAUCAGCCACUUACCGCUGACCUUCACUACUAUUAUAUCCUGGAGCUGUCGUUUUAUUGGUCUUUAAUGUUUUCCCAGUUCACUGAUAUCAAAAGAAAGGACUUUGGCAUUAUGUUCCUGCAUCACCUUGUGUCUAUUUUCUUGAUUACCUUUUCAUAUGUCAACAAUAUGGCCCGAGUAGGAACCCUGGUUCUCUGUCUGCACGAUUCAGCUGAUGCUCUUCUGGAGGCUGCCAAAAUGGCAAAUUACGCCAAGUUUCAGAAAAUGUGUGACCUCCUGUUUGUUAUGUUUGCCAUGGUUUUUAUCACCACCCGACUGGGUAUAUUUCCUCUCUGGGUGUUAAAUACCACGUUAUUUGAAAGUUGGGAGAUCGUUGGACCUUACCCUUCUUGGUGGGUUUUCAACCUACUGCUGUUGCUAAUACAAGGCUUGAACUGCUUCUGGUCUUACUUGAUUGUAAAAAUAGCUUGCAAAGCUAUUUCAAAAGGCAAGGCUGGGAAGUGGAACCCUUUACAUGUGUCCAAGGAUGAUCGAAGCGAUAUUGAGUCUAGCUCAGAUGAGGAGGACUCGGAACAUUCGGGGAAGAGCUCCCACACUGCAACUACCACCAAUGGCACCAGUGGUACCAAUGGGUAUCUCCUGACCGGCCCUUGCUCCGCGGAUGAUUAAUUCCUCAAAACUAUAAGUCCCGAACAAAGUGAACUAUUUGUUCCUGGAAGUAUUUAAUAAGUUGCAAAUGCAGUUCCUUUCAUGAUAUCUCAGCACCAGGAACAAAAAUUAGGAUUAUCAAAGCAUUUUUGAAUAGUGCACUGCCAUAUCCGUCUGUGAAUGAAGAAUUAUCAUUCUCUAUAUGUAGGCAUGCUGUAUGUAAUUGACAACAAGGGAACAGUUUUGCAUUUGUAUUGUCUUAGGAUAUUAUUUAUUUUUUGUAUUUGUUUGUAAAUCUGUGGACAAAAGAGGGUUUCCUCACUCCUUUUACUCUCUGGGUUCAUGACAGGGACGGAGGUGCUGCAUCCGCUUCUGCCGCUUUCUACUGCUGUGACCCAGGCUGCCAGGUGCAUCAGCUGAAUUUGUUUUUUAGAGCAAGCAAAACCCCGUGUAAGAUUCUUACACCGCUCCAGAUAGGUUUGCUUUCUUUGUAUCAGUGCCCAUUUUGAAGUUGCCUGUAAUCUCAGUGACCAUUCUCCCAGUAUGUAGUUUAAACAGGACGAGCUUGGGUUUUCGUCCCCCUUUAUGGUCAAUUAGCAGUUCAAAUUAAAGAGUAUAGUUAUUGGAGGGCUUUUUAAAUAUUGUUUUGUAUUAAAUUUCUUUGGACUAGACUUCAUUUCUUGUGCAGACAGCUAAGAUUUCUUCAGUGAGUGCAGUAGCUAGUUGGGGGUUAACCUGGUAGGUGACAGAGAUCUUUUUGUUCUCUAUUAUGAGGUCAGUGCUCUGAAGGAAGACAUUUGUUUAAGGUCACAGUUACAAAGAAAUCACUGUUACUGUCGAGAGUUUGUCCCGUGAUCUGAGAAUAACAUAAAGAGAGCAGCUGAUUGCAACCAGAUUUUACCACUUUCCCUGUAAUUAAUGCCGUCUUCUGUCAUGUCAUGAAAAACCAAACAAACAGAAGCUACGUAUAUUUUCCGACAGAAAAAGUUUCAGGAAUUGACAAAGGUCCCCUCUAGUGCAAUGCCCUUUAUUGCACCAGCUUUCAAGAAAGUGCCCUAUCUAGUUUUUAUUUUUCUGAGCAAAAUAAAGCCAAUGGAAAAAAGACCAUUUUACCUUUUGUCUUUUCUCCCUAAACAUACUUAGAAUGACGUUCCUGUUAUCCCAAAAUGAGUUCUUUUGUUUGCUUCUUUGAAAAUUUGUUCAGUUUACAGGAAUUUUAAUCCAAACAGGGCUAUUGCCAGAAAAACAAAAAUUUGACUGGAUAGUGGCAAUUGUGAGAAAGAUUACUGAAAAAUAAGUUUCCAUCAUCACCUACAUGGCAGUGUUAUUUGUGUAUAGUUUAGAAACCCACAUACAUAAACCAAAGAUUUUAUCUCUUUUCUUCCAACUUCUAGAAACACAAUAAAAAGGUAUUACAAAUACUUAUAAAUAAAAAAAAAUCAUCUAACACAAGAGAUAAAAACCACAAUCAGUAAUAUAAAUAUGUGAUUCAAGGCCUAAUGAAGAGAAUAGCAAAAUACCAGAGAGUGGGUGUUCUGCUCACAGCCAUUUACAUUCACUUCAAUUUUUUGAAAAAAGUUAAAGUUUUGUGCUCACAAUUGUAACCUGUAAGAUGAUAGUUAAAAAAAUGCUCCCAAACAAAAACCUUACACUGUAAUAUUAAAUCUUUCCCCCUCUAGUUACAGAAUAGUAUGUUUCUGGUAUGGUCCAUAGUAAUAAUUGAAGAGGCGGAAAUAUGUUUGCUUGUUUAUUGAGAAAACAACGCAACUAAUUCUUCAUGUAAAGCCUUAUUUUAUUUCACAAAAUGAGGCUAUGUCUAGGGAUGUAAUUUGUAGAUGGUUUGAGUUUGUGAGACCAAUCAUAAAACAUCAAAAAUUCUUGUUAGUCAUCUGAACAUCUGCUAAGACGCAGAUAGGUAAAAAGCAACAGCAAGCAUGUGAUAGCUAGAAAACUUUGAGAAGGUGAAUUUCUUUUCUUGUCAACUAAAACAUGGAAAGAAGAGUGAACUCUACCUUGCUUCAGCAUCUGGACGGGUUCACAUUUGCAUCACUUGACACUCGUUAGCACAGAAGAAUCAUUUCAAAAGACCAGCUUAUAAAUGAAAGGAUCAGAAGAGUUGCAUAAAAUGAAGUAAAUUGAGUCUGUCCUUAGCAAAGACAAACCUAAAUAAUCUUUCGUUUUUACCAAAAGUCACUUAGAAGGAGGACUGGGGAUACUUAGAGCCUCUCCAGCUGAUGGCAUUCAUUUAAUACAGUCCUCAAUGAAUCUACAGAUUUUUCUUUCCUUCUACAUUUUAGGGCAAAGAGUGCUUUUUGAUUAAUCGAAAUGGUGUUUGUAGGCCUUUUAAGGUGAAGACUAAUAUAUCUCUGUCUACUGCUCUCCCAUGGUGGCCUGAUAAGGCUGAAAGAAAACUAUGUGAGGUAUCUUAUCUUCUACCUGUGCCCUGGGCCAUAGCUUUGGAAGUGUAUUUUGUAAUUUCAGCUGUACGUUAGUGAGAGUAUUGUUUCCCAGUAAUUAACUUAGCCUGUGUUGAGAUCUCCUUCCUCCUGGUCACAUUCAAAGUUUCCCAGCGUGCAAAGGGGUAUGUAGGAAGGAAUCUAGAAAAAAGUAAUAUUUCAUUCUUUAAUGUUAUAGCUUUUCUAGAUCUCUUAGUGGGGAAAAAGUAGAAAAUCAAGUAGAAUUUGGCCUUGGGUCAAUAAAUGAUAUAAACAUGUGUGACCUAUAUAUGUAUAAUGUACGUUUCUCCAAAAACGUGAUAAAACCAAAAGACCAUUGACUCAUCCUUACCCACAGUCUUUUCAUUAAAACCAUCCACUAUGUACCAUAGAAACUUCCCGCCUCUCUCUCAACUUCCUGUUCAUGCUGCCCACACAGCUGAGAGUGGUAGAAUUUUUUCAGCCUCUUAGCCUUGAAGCUAAAUACGGCAGAGUCCAGAUCAUAGAGAGCCUAAGGCCAGCAUGUAAGCCAAAUACAGUUCUCAUUUCUAAGUUGAGUCAUAUGACCAUUCAGAAUAGGGAAGUAACUAUCAGAAUUUUGGAUUAUUGAACUAUAUGUUGGAAAAAAUGCACGAUUGCUGCUUCACCCCAGGAUUUUAUUAACAUCGAACUCCUGCUAGGGCCUGGCUGCUAGGCUGCGAGACAGUGGUGCCCUGAGGUCCUAUCAGAUAAUGACUCAGGCACCUGACACAGAUGAACUAGGAAGAAAGGCAGGUUCUCCAAGAAAGCAAGCAGCUGAGGGAGAGAAAUAACUCCUUAGUGAGAUAAGUUUAGACCAUAUAUAGCCAAAAUGGAGGGUAAACCUCAAAAUGACCAGUUCCAUUGCCAAACUUUCCAUUCUGAGCAUAUGAUAGAGUUAGAAUUUGAGCAAAUUGAAUGCUUUCCCCUUAGAAUCUGAAUCUUCCACUUUGUGUAUUUUGGCAUUGUUAUUUGGGCUGAAGUCAAAAAUCAAAUUUUACUUCAGCGAAUCUGAGUCUUUGAAAAAGAGCUCUUCACAAUAAAUUUUAUGGACACCCAUGAUUGUUCCCAAUCUGUUCAUGAUUUUGUAAUGAUAGUUAUUUUAUCUCUUUCUUGGAAAUGUUAAUGCCAAAGUUGCUUCAAUAUUUGAGUGCUUUUCCUUAAUUUGAAGUAUAAAAAGUAUACAGAAUAAUUCCAAAGGUGUUACACGAUUCUGUUCAUCAGUAUGCGUGCUGAUGUUGUGAUGUCCAGGGAGGCUUCAAUAAAUCCUUCGGAAAUAAAAGGUUAUAUGUUUACAUUUCAUGUGCUAUUUGAGGUCUUAAGAUUCCAAUUAGCUUAUUUUUUUUUCUUUGUCUUUGGCUAAUUCCUGCCUUAUAGAUAAAUAUUAGUAGCUCUGAAAUAUUUCUAACAUUCAAAUAAGAAAAAAAUCAGCCUGAUGAGAAAGUGAUGACAAGGCACUUUUGGUUUCUAGGUAACUUAUAUGGAAAGAGAAAAUGCAGUUAGUUCUUGUGCUUUCAUUUGCUGUCUAGCAUGCUGUCCGUGGAAGAAUACUCUCAAUAAUCAUAAGUAAUUCUUGAAGUCAUGCAAAAUGCAGCAAGAUAUUAUUUUUUAAUGAAGCUAUUGCUGUCCCCAGAGUUAAUUUAAGUUUCUCUUGGUAAAAAUAAUACUGUGCCAUUCUCAAAUUACCAAAUAGUAAUUAGCACUGGUUCACUGUGUCUGCAUUUUUGUUCUUCGUAGGCCAGAAAAGAGCCCUGUGAUUUGCCGUUGUGUGCAGGGUCUCCUCCCCUCCCCUAGGGGGCGCUCAGUAGAUGCUGAAGAGGCAUGUCCAUUUACCCCCUCUAUGUUGUUGGAACUCCUCUAAUAAGUGCUCAGAGGGAGCAUACCUGAUGCUGGCUUUCUUGGAGUAAAUUGUAUGAAAGAGCAUAAACAUUAUAAGUAAUUUAUUAAGAUCUGCAGACUCCCAAAGGAGAACCUUAGCAUUUUCCAGGUAUUUCCAGCUUGAAUUCAACCUGAAGCCUUUGAAAGGAAUGCAUUACCAAAAGGUCACAUGCUAAGACCCCGUCAGAUCAAAGAAAUAAAAUGUCUGCAGCCAGAUGGUGUAUCAUAUCAUGUCUCCACAAGACCAGGCAUUCUCAAGAUUGCCCAGGAAGUGAUGGGAGGGGACCACUAGCCUAAAAGCUGUUUUGUUUUGUCUUAUUCACUCACAUUCCUUUCAGCCUCCUGGAACUCUUGAUAAAAAGAAGCCAGAAUAUUGUCACUUUUCUGCUAUCAAUUUCCCAAUAGCCUUUGGAUCAGUGUGUACCCACACUUCCUUCUCUACCUGAUGCCAUUUUUCUUAAAAAAUAUUGUGUCCUUGUAAGGCUGUUAUCCUUAACACAGGUCCAUGAAAGCUUGACUUCCUUUAUUGGUGUAUGUUGCAUGGCCUAGAAACCAGGGACUAACAGUUGCUGUUGGUAUGAUUUCUAUGUUAAGUGAAAUGAAUAGAUUUUAUAGAGAUAAUUUUUUUCUUUGGGAUCUACAGUAAUUUUUUUUAACUGUCAUUGUAAAACUGCCCUUAAAAAAUUAGGGGUGUUAAAAGAUUAGUUGCCAAAGAAAAAUUAGGUCUGUCAUAGGAACAGUUAUGUGGUGAUUCUCGAACUUUAACUUAGAGCUUCAUUAAUUUAAACAUAGAAAACACCGUCCAAGUUUAAUUUCCAAAAGUUUCAUAAAGCCUCUGCAUUCAUGAUUUUCAUCAACUUUUUGUUUGCCCACAUAAUCAGUUACCUCCAUAGCCAUUUGUUGUCAUGGAACGGGGAGGUGGUUAGUUUUGGGAUUUGAUUUUUUUCAGUUUGCAGUGAGAAAUAGGAUAGGUAACAAAACCUUACUUUUUUCUUGAGACGAUUCAGUGCUUGAGCAUCUCUGUCAGAAAUGGAAUGAUGUACUGUUAGCCAAUUAGAAUUAUUUUAAGUACUGUUGUUGUGUUUUGCUGAUUUUUAUAUGAAACUAUAAUUAUUCAUCCUUGAUUUCUGGAAGCAGUUGUAAUUAUGAGGAUCAUUUUACUUUGGAAACACUUUCAUAAUAAAGAUAAGUAUUAAGAGUA